UCUUGGGAAUUUGAACCAAUUCAGUGUUUUGAUAUGAUGUUCCCAAGUGUGAUUGCUCCUUCAGCAAUGUACCCGGGGCUUUUGAGGCCAACCCCAACUCUGACUCUCCCCCAGUCUUUGCAGUCAGCUUUUUCCUCGCACGCAAUGGGAGCGAGCUUCCUGGUGGAGGAUCUGCUGAAGAUCAGUCGGCCUGCCAGUUACCUGCCCCGAUCUGUUUCUGCCACACUGUCUCCGUCAACUUCCGAACCCACCACCAGCCCAAGCCCCGUGACAACAGAACAAGUCAGUACGACUAGCUCUGUUACAAGUGGAAUAUGCUCCCCUCAUACCUCCAUUUCUACAAGCAGCGAUUCCAAUUACCUAAAGUUUGGUGUGCACGCCAUCCUCUCGUCAACCCCAAGAACUGAAACUUCCCCUCCACUGAUCCAAGGGAUUUCGCCGAAAGCCUUCUUCCCUUACUUCGAAGGAUCUUUCCAGCCUUUUCUCCGCUCCUCCUACUUCCCAGCCUCUUCCUCUGUGGUCCCCAUUCCUGGCACUUUCUCUUGGCCACUGGCCGCUCGGGGGAAGCCCAGGAGAGGGAUGCUCCGUCGAGCUGUCUUCUCCGAUGUCCAGAGGAAAGCGUUGGAGAAAAUGUUUCAGAAACAGAAAUACAUCAGCAAGCCAGAUCGACGCAAACUGGCAGCCAAGCUGGGACUGAAAGACUCUCAGGUGAAGAUUUGGUUUCAGAACAGAAGGAUGAAAUGGAGAAAUUCCAAAGAGAGAGAACUGCUGUCUGCUGGCGGGUGCCGUGAGCAGACCUUACCCACAAAGUUAAAUCCACAUCCCGAUCUCAGCGACGUGGGAAAGUCGUCUCCCUGCAGUCUGCACUCGGGGGACGAGGAGGAAACGGGGAGCAGAGACAGCCCCAAAUCAUCCAUAUGUCAGUCACCAGAGUUCAAGAGCAUGGACACGCACCUACGUCUCAUCUCACACCAGCACACCGACAAACACACGUACUUCUCCGAGGAGGAGGACGAGGACGAAGAAAUAACCGUUUCAUAA